AUGGCGUUGCCUAAAAGCCAAGACCACUGGUCCAAAAAGGACGUCCUGAUGUUACUGGAGUGCAUGGAGAAUAAUUUCCCAUCCAAUGACAACCACAUGUCUCAAACAACUCAGUCACAUCUGGACUGGGGACAAAUAGCUUUUAAAAAUUUUUCUGGAGAAAUGUGCAAAUUCAAAUGGUUAGAGAUUUCUCAUAAGUUGAACAAGUCCUGUACUUUGAAAGAAUUAGUCCUGGAAGCUAAGAAACAUGUUAAAAAUCCAAACAGAAACAAACAAGGCAAGAAACAUCCAGACUUCCCAAAGAAACCCCUAACUGCUUAUAUCCGUUUCUUCAAGGAGCAGCUGCCCCAGUACACCCAAAUGUACCCUGGGCUGAGAAACCAGGAGCUGACUAAGAUCCUGUCUAAGAAAUACAGGGAGCUGCCAGAGCAGACGAAGCAGAAAUAUAUCCAGGCAUUCCAGAAGGAAAAACAAGAGUUUGAGGAAAAACUGGCACGAUUCAGGGAAGAUCACCCUGAUCUAGUCCAGAACUCCAAGAAAUCUAAUGUCUCCAAGAGGCCCCGGGGCCGAAUCAAAGCCCAAAAGAAUUUUCAGGGAAACAUAAAAGAAGCAAGGUCUCUUCCAAAAACUGAGACAUUUUCUCAGAAAGUGAAAUUUUAUGGAGAGCCUGAGAAACCUCCCAUGAAUGGAUACCACAAGUUUCACCAAGAUUCGUGGUCAAGUAGGGAGCUGCAACAUUUGUCCCUGAGGGAGCGCAUGGUAGAGAUUGGCAGACGCUGGCAGCGUGUCCCACAGAGCCUGAAGGAUCAGUAUAAAAGCCAGGCUGAGGAGCUGCAGAAACAGUACAAGGUGGACUUGGAUCUCUGGCUCAAGACUUUGUCACCUGAAGAAUAUGGUGCAUACAGAGAAGCAACAUGUGCUAAGCGUAAGAACAUGCCUGUGACAGGAGGUCCAAACCCCAAGUUCAGACGUGCAGAUCUGCAGUGCUCAUCAGCGCAGAGUUUGCAAUGUCUUGGAAAGGAGCAGGGGCUGCAAGCUCCAGGGACAGAUUCAGCAGAGGCUGUUUGGGUUGACUAUCGCCCCUCAGAGGGAUCAAAAGAGAAUAAGGAGGAAGAUGAAGAAGAAGAUGGAGGCAGUAACACUUCAGACUCCAGCAUCAGGGUUGAAGAUGAAGAUGAUGAUGAUUAA